UGCUGUUCCUUGCCGCAGGUCGGGUGGUACAACGCGGUUCUCCAGCCAGGCUUUCACCUCCCCUACGCAGACGACACCCUGGCCUUCGUGGUCCUCAGCACACCGUCAAUGUUUGAGAAAGCACUUAAACCUUUUGUGAACAAAGAAAGGUUUAACAUGAUCAGGGACCCUGUGGACCAGUGCGUUUCUCACCAUUUAUCACGUGUGAAGGAGCAAUUCCCUGACCAGAAGGUGGACGUCAUCUUCGAUUACGAGAUGCUGCCAAGCCGAAAGCCCAAGUUCUUGGCGCAGACAGCCGCCCACGUCGCUGGAGCCGCGUAUUACUACCAGAGGAAGGAUGUGAAGCGUGAUCCUUGGGGGAAAAAGAAGAUCUAUGGCGUGUGCAUCCAUCCCAGGUACGGCGGUUGGUUUGCUAUCCGGGGUCUGCUCCUGUUCCCAGACGUCCGGGUCCCGUUCCUGCAGCAGCCUGCCCCCGUGGACUGUGUGAGCACAGAGGAGAGAAGAGUCGAGUUGCUGGAGCAGUUCAACUUCCACUGGCAGGACGGGCGCUACAGGGACAUCAUUGAAGUGAGGGAAAGAUAUUCGGAGGAGCAAAAAGCCUACUUUGCCACUCCUCCGGCGGAGAGAUUCAGGCUGCUGGGGCUGGCACAAGCAGCCCAGAGCAGCACGUUGCACUGA